GGAGCCGCAGCCCCGAGCCCGGUCGCCUCACUUGGCGGACGUGAGGCCUGUAGUAAAGAGUGAGGCCUGAGGUAGAUUACCCCUCCCAUCGAAUAUGUUAGUUUCCUGCUUACCGCGUAAACAACCCGCUCAACAAUAUAGUCUGCCUGGCAACUGAUGAUGUUAGCCAAUCAGCUUGCCUUGCUUACUUUAACAUGAUUGGACACUGUAUCCGUAUAUAUACCGGUGCCACCCCUGGGCGGAAGAAGAAGCCAGAUAGAAGCCCGGAAGUAGAAGCCCAAAAGGAGCCGCGGAGAGCGGACCGGUAGAGGCUUUGGGGCAGGCUGAAGCACAAAAGGAGCCGCGGGGAGCGGACCAAAGGAGGCUUCAGCUGGGAGAACCCAGGGCAGGCUGUACGGAGAAGGAAAAUAAAAAGAAAAGGUUGUCCACUACCAGACUGUGUCGUGUGUCCUUCCUGCCGGCCGGGAGCGGACAUCGACAUUUGGAGGCCCGCCCGGGGACUGAUCACCCCCGCGACGUGGAAGUGGACAACGCUCCAGUACAGAGCUGCGAGACAGGGUUCUUUUCCAGCGUUGCCCCGCGAAUUGCGCUCUGCUCAACCUGGUCUUCGGAGGAGUAGAGAGCUCCUGAGUGCGCCCCGGCGCGAGAGGGAGGCAAAGCCUUCCGCCCCACCCUGGGGGCCGUUCCCGGAGGCGAUCCCUCGCCACGAGGCGGCCGCCUGGGAGCCCCCCCCCCUUUCGCCAGAACAGGAAGUGAUGCACGGGCCCCCAUUCUCCGCCCAAUCACGGCCGCUGUCUUAUGCUCCGCCGCCGGCAGGUCGGUAUUUUUACAGGCGGCUUUGGCAGGGGGGACGCUUGUUUCAUGAGGUACAUCCACCACCUGGGAUGGAUAGUGACCCCUACGAGAUAUUUCCUGUACAAGUAGCUAUGGGUCAGGGACGCAAUGUACGGGAGCCUUUUGAGAUAAAGCAGAUUAGAGAACUUAAAAAUGCAGUUACAACCUUUGGGCCGACUGCGCCUUACACCAUUGCCAUGCUGGAGAAUCUGUCUUCUGGGCCCCUCACCCCCGCGGACUGGAUUCAGCUAGCAAAGGCGUGUCUGCCCUCGGGUGGUUACCUGGAUUGGCGAGCCUGGUAUGCAGAGUCCUCUGCAGAGCAGGCUGAGAGAAACGCCAAUCGGGGAGACCGGGGGUGGAACAAGAGAAUGCUUGUGGGAGAGGGUCGGCGCGCUGAUUGUCAGACUCGGUUCCCCGGCGCUCUCUGGCGGGGAGGAGAUAGAGAGCCAUCCGCUCCGCCCUGGAGCUCUUUUCUAAAAGCGGCUCCCCGCCGAGAGGCCGCCACAGGAAACCCUCCCUUCCCUCAGCCGGCACAGGAAGUGACGCCCCGUUUCACUCUGUCGCGACCGCAGUCUUAUGACGUCGCGCCGCUGGGCAGACGGUAUUUUCAUGGGCGGCUACUCUGCCGAGCAGGCUGAGAAAAACGCCGGUCGAGGAAAAAGGGGCUGGGGAUUUAGCUCAGCGGCUUAAGCGCCUGCCUUGCAAGUGUGCAGUUGUUAGUUCGAUCCCUGGUACCAAUAAAAAAAAAAAAAAAAAAAAAAAAAAAACGAAAAAGAUAAAAAUAAAAAAUAAAAAACAAAAAGGGGGAGUAAACCCUCGAGGUUUGAUCCCUGGUGAUGUUUGGCAGAUGGACAUCACACAUAUACAGGAGUUUGGGACUCUUAAAUAUGUUCAUGUUUCCACAGACACCUGUUCUCGCGUCAUAUUUGCAACAGCAGAAACAGGUGAAAAAGUGUCUAAUGUGAUCAAUCAUUGCCUGGCGGCUUGGGCCGCAUGGGGCAAACCAAAAAUAUUAAAAACUGAUAAUGGACCAGCCUAUAUAGGCAAAGCUUUCAAUGAGUUCUGCAAAAUGAUGGAGGUUCAAUUAAAACAUGGUAUCCCAUACAAUCCCCAAGGUCAAGGAAUCAUUGAGAGGGCUCAUAGAAGCCUCAAAGAAAUUUUACAAAAACAAAAAGGGGGAGUAGGCCAAGGCCUGGCCCCAAAGGCACGAUUAUCCAUGGCACUAUUCACACACAAUUUUUUAAAUUUAAAUAAUGAUAAUCGCUCCCCAGCUGUGGAGCACUGCAACCCUUCCCCCAACCAUAAAGGGUGGGUGAAGUGGAAAGAUGUCCUGACAGGACAAUGGAUGGGCCCGGAUCCAGUAAUCAGCUGGAACCGAGGCGCGGUUUGUGUUUUCCCACAGGAACCGGGACGAGAACCACUGUGGAUACCGGAGAGACUGACACGGGCAACAAAGCCCUCGACUGAAGAUCAGACCUGCCCUACCGGAGAUCCAUCACAGACCAACCAACAAGAUGAAUAGAAAUAGCGGUAGCCCGAAAUGGACAAAAAGAUCCUCAGGCAUAUGCAUGGCUUGCUCGAUUGGCCCACGACCGAGUCUAGAUAUGGCGGGCAUCCUUCAUUCUCCUCCAUAAGGUGACAAUACACAGCAGGGUAGAUGAGUCAAUGACGGGUAAGAGCGUGCCUCCCCAGCAUGACUCGACCUAAGCCAGGCCCUACCCCAUCCUGCACGUAAGCCGCUGGACUGUUAGAUGCUGCCCAGGUCUAAAUUUCUCUCCAAGGGGAUUUCUUUACGGAGAGAAAAUGAGUGCAAGCUUGUGUGCAUCCAGGUUCCGUCCAGUUUGUGCCUGGCCCUAGAAAAAGGACGAGGGCCUCAGGGCCUUGGCAGACCAUGGGACGGCCGACCAGGGUCUAAGCCAAGGACCUACGGUGGGCCUACACAUAGGGCAUAAGCCUCUGCACCCAGUCCAGGAAGGGCUACGAUGCGCACAUUCAUAAAAAAUAAAAAAGGGGGAGAUGUUGGGAGCCGCAGCCCCGAGCCCGGUCGCCUCACUUGGCGGACGUGAGGCCUGUAGUAAAGAGUGAGGCCUGAGGUAGAUUACCCCUCCCAUCGAAUAUGUUAGUUUCCUGCUUACCGCGUAAACAACCCGCUCAACAAUAUAGUCUGCCUGGCAACUGAUGAUGUUAGCCAAUCAGCUUGCCUUGCUUACUUUAACAUGAUUGGACACUGUAUCCGUAUAUAUACCGGUGCCACCCCUGGGCGGAAGAAGAAGCCAGAUAGAAGCCCGGAAGUAGAAGCCCAAAAGGAGCCGCGGAGAGCGGACCGGUAGAGGCUUUGGGGCAGGCUGAAGCACAAAAGGAGCCGCGGGGAGCGGACCAAAGGAGGCUUCAGCUGGGAGAACCCAGGGCAGGCUGUACGGAGAAGAAAAAUAAAAAGAAAAGGUUGUCCACUA